GGAGUACUAGUCCAGGCUUGAGUGACAGUCCUGAUCCACGGUGGGAGCUCCACGCUACAGACAGCAGCCUCACUUAGAACCCAGCACGGCACGGCACGGCCCGGUCAACAGGAUGGUGCACAGUGGAUGGAAGUAGCCCCGGCUGAAGCUCCGCGGACGGCCGUAGUGUGGGAGUGGAGGAGGCGGUGGUGGAGGUGGGGGGGAGCUCCGCGUCGAUCUGCGCCGCAUGUGCUCACCCCGGUGCGCCUGGAAAACUUGGACUGAUCGGUGUGUGUGAGCGGAAAACACGCAGGACAGAAGCACGGACGUCUGCUGCACAAAAACAACCCCCCCUCCGGUCCGGUUCAGGCUUCGGAUCACAGGGAGCCCGGGUCCGACCCCCACAUGCCCGCGUUGAAGUGGGGCAGAAGAGCCGGGGCAUGAGUGGACCAGCCACGGAGAUACUACACAAACACGAGCGAGUGCAGAAGUUGCGUGUGUUGAAACGAGGAGAGCAUGGAGGGCCAACCAGGGGAGCCCCACAGCUACGAGGACGUGCGUAAAAGCGGCUACCUCCGCAAGCAGAAGUCCAUGCACCGGCGGUACUUUGUGCUCCGCGCCGCCUCGGAGCGCGGCCCGGCCCGGCUGGAGUACUACGAGAGCGAGAAGAAAUUCCGCGGAAAGGCCCCCGUCCCGAAGAAAGCCGUGGCUCUGGAGACAUGCUUUAACAUCAACAAGCGGGCCGACUCCAAAAACAAGCACAUGAUCGUGCUCUACACCCGGGCUGAGAGUUUCGCCAUCGCCGCUGAGAACGAGGCGGACCAGGACGAGUGGUACCAGGCCAUGGUGGACCUGCAGUGCAAAAGUAAAAACCCGACUGACAGUGGGACAGCAGGGGACUAUGGAGUACCAAAUCCUGGGCCGGCUUUUAAAGAAGUGUGGCAGGUGAAGGUAUGGCCUAAGGGUCUGGGUCAAGCCAAAAACCUGGUGGGCAUCUACCGCCUCUGCCUGACUGACAAGACCGUCAACUUUGUCAAGCUGAACUCUGAUGCAGCUGCAGUGGUGCUCCAGCUGAUGAAUGUCAGACGCUGCGGCCACUCAGAAAACUUCUUCUUCGUUGAGGUGGGCCGCUCUGCAGUGACAGGCCCCGGCGAGUUUUGGAUGCAGGUGGAUGAUUCAGUGGUGGCCCAGAACAUGCAUGAAACCUUGUUAGAAGCAAUGAAGGCGCUGAGCGAGGAGUUCCGCCAACGCAGCAAGUCUCAGUCAAACUCUGGUCCUGGAGGAGGUGCCACUGCCUCAAACCCUAUCAGUGUUCCAUCCCGCCGCCACCACACCAACCCACCUCCCAGCCAGGUGGGAUUCACCCGUCGACCCCGAACUGAACCCCCUGGGGGGGCUAACAGUGGAGCGGGGGUCAGCAGUGCCAAUGCUUCUCCCACCCCAAGGCAUAAUUUCCCGAGAUCUCGAACAGCGAGUGAUGGCGGUAAAGGGGAGGAAAAUGUAGCAGGGACCAUGCCACACCCAGGACCAAGCUCCAGCCCAUCCACUAAUGGCUCCUGUUCCACCACCCCAAUCCUCAGGUCAAAGUCGGCUCGUUCAGCCUCCACCACAGCAGCGAAGACUCCUGUUGGGCUGAUGCGCUCUAUCUCCACCCCGACACCAUCCCAGACUCCAAACCUAUCUUCGAGCUCAGGCCAUGGCUCUGAAUUUGCAGGUGUAGCAUCUUGUUCUGCUCCUGGGCCUGGGUCUGGGGCCUACAGUCGUGUCCCCAUGCAUCGUGCCUCUGUCUCAGGCUCACCCAGCGACUACGGCUCCUCUGAUGAGUAUGGCUCUAGUCCUGGGGAUCAUGCACUCCUGCCCUCCCCUAGCCUCCCUGGAAGCUCUGUUGGAAGUGUUGGCAGCCAGUCGCUAGGGGAGGAGGGAGCCAAUUAUAUCCUCAUGGGGCAACGUAGUGGUGGAGGUGGUGGGGGCAACGGCAGCAAUCAAGGAACCGUGACAUCUAGCUCCAUGCCAACACCAGGAACACCAGCUACUAGUUCCCAGUCUCAGACCAGGAGAGUGCUGCGCCGCUCCUCCAGUCGGGAAUGUGAGGCUGAACGUAGGUUGCUUAGUAAGCGGGCUUCUUUACCUCCCAUGGCCCUUGAGAGGCUGGCCCCACGACAGCGAAGAGGUGAGGAGCCCACCGAAGAAGACUCAGCUGAUUAUGCAAUCAUGUCAAGGAGCACCAGCAGGGAAUCUUUUACUUCCACCUCCUCUUCCACACAGAGACAGUCUGUCGUGAGUGGUGGGUCUGCAGGUGGAGGUGGAGGAGGUUACUUGGAAGUGGCAGGAGAGUUAAAAAGUGAAGGGGCUGGAGGAGGAAGUGGUAGUAUAGAUAUAGGUGUAGACAAUGGGUAUAUGUCGAUGCUGCCUGGCGUCACGCAGCCUCCAGUGUCCCUGUCUCAAUCACUGGCCGUCUUUGUCCCGGACUCUGACUCUAAACCUGCUGAUGACUACAUGGCCAUGACCCCUAACAACAGUGUAUCCCCUCCACAGCAAAUAAGACCUCCACCAACAUCUGAUGGCUAUAUGAUUAUGUCCCCCAACAGCAGCUGCUCCCCAGACCAGCGUGGAGGGACUUGGGUGGGCAGUGGUAGUGCAGAUAGCAGGGCAGGCAGUGACUAUAUGAACAUGUCUCCAAUCAGUGCACGUUCUAUGAAUGGCAGCCCCCCACCCCCUGAACACACCGGCCAUUUGGAAACCAGUUCUCAACAACAAGCACCCAAGAUGGUGUACUCUUAUUACUCUCUUCCUCGAUCGUACAAACAUAACCCCUCAGGACAUUUCGAUGAUGGGCCCGGACGAGGCAGGAGGCCUAACGGGAGUUGUAGUAGGGGAAUGGGUGGAGGAAGAACAAUGGGAGGGCGUCAGGAGCAACCAGCAGCCGGAAACUCAGCCGUUGGACGCCACUUGUCGCUCUCAUCAUCUUCAUAUUCCUCCAGCUCAGCCAGCAGUGAGAGCCUUGGGGAGAGCGAAGACAGAGCUGUCCAGGGGGCCAGCAGCAAGGCUGGGGGGGGUCAGUCCAAAGAUGGAAAUAAGCUUCAACAGAGGCAGGGCUCUAGUGGAUUGUCCAAGCAAGGUAGCCACACUAGAAGCAGACCUGUGAGCCUGUUUGUUGAUGUUUCAAAGGCCAACACCCUUCCUCGCGUCCGGGAGAACCCCCUCCCACCAGAACCCAAGAGUCCUGGGGAGUAUGUCAGCAUUGAGUUCAAGGGGGAAAAGUGCAGCCAGGUUAGAGUGGGUGGAGGACGUGGCAGGGGUCUCAGGCAUGGCUUAUCCCUUCCUCAUGGUUCAACCAGCCAGAAUCCUCAAAGUCGGCCAGCAUCUUGCUUGGGUAACUUCGUCCCGCUUUCCCGUAGCCCCUCUGCCCCAAUUACCCCCCCAGCUGCUUCGGAGUAUGUCAACAUGGACUUGGGCCCUUGUCCGUCCCCCUCACCUCUUUCACUUACCCCUCUUGUUUUCCCCUCUUUCAACACUCCUCCCACACCUCCGACUCUGGUUCAUGCCCCCAAAACCUGUCAUGAGGGGACACCUACUUCUCGUGAAGAGGGCGUGGAGGUGACUGAAGCCCCAGUUCGGAAAAGCAGAGAAAGUGUACCCUCAGUGUCUGAAUCGGAGUCCCCAACAUCCUGUGGCGACUACACGGAGAUGGCAUUCAGCUUGAAUAGCAACACCAUCCCGAGGUCAUCCUCAUCCAGUGUCUCCCCUCAAGCCCCGUCCCCCACCAGGACUGAUGCUUCUAUUGCAGUUCUGUCUCGAGGUCUUGACUUCCCUCUGGCCAAAACAGGACCCAACCCAGACCACGGAGCGAAAGUUAUCCGGGCCGACCCCCAAGGACGCCGACGGCACUGCUCAGAAACCUUUCUUGCUUCUCCCUCCCUCCCUACCUCUACCUCUACAUCCUCUUCGUCAACUGCCUCCCUCUUCCCAGAGCACGCCCAGACUGUGGCCCGCCGCCUGGGCUUUGAUAGCAUGCUAUGGGGCAAUGGUGCUGUGACUGAUACCCCCUCUCAGUUCCCUCUUUCUGGACAGCAGCCCCUUCCCACAAACACUUCAUCCACAGAGCAAGGCCUUAACUAUAUAGACUUGGACUUGGCCAACAAGGAGAGCCCCCAUCUAGGCCUGGAUUGUCCCUCAGGUAGCCAGGCCCCCUCUCGCCUCUUCUCAGUACUGGGUGGAGGUUCUGGGGUGGGGGGAGUGGGUGCUGCAGUCAGCAACAGCAGCAGCAGCUCCAGCCUCAACACGUACGCCAGCAUCGACUUCUACAAAUCAGAGGAGCUGAGGACACAUCAGAAUGGAAACAAGGAGGGAACAGAGUGCUGAUGUCAGUGCGUCGUCCUUGUGGAAACAAUCUGGUACUACUCAGAUUGCCUCAAAGCCCCGCCCCCUACUCCUCUUUUUUUUGGACAGCCAAUCAAAACCAGAGAGCAGCUGGAUAGGACACACCCCCUUGAAGCACUUUGAGUGAUGGAAGAUGUGUUGGGUUUUUUUCUCCUUCUUCACUUUCAUCUUGUUGGUUGUGGAAAACCAACGGGGAUGUGUGCCAAAUGACAUUCACAAAAAGCUAUUUGCUGCUCUCAUUCCUGGAGUGAAAACCAAUCAGAGAGUGGUACAAAGGACAUGGAGAUCAGUGUUUUAUUUGUUGUAUUUUCUUAAAAAAAAAAAAAAAAAAACGAAUUGCAAGAAUCAAUGAUU